CUUUCAAAAAUGGCUGAACGCAGAAAACAAACUGUUGAGGACUUAAAGAAUGUAGAAUUUGAGAGCUCCGAAGACGUCGAUGUCUUGCCGACGUUCGAUAUGAUGGGACUCCGGCCUGAACUCGUUCGUGGGAUUUAUGCUUACGGUAGAUUUGAGAAACCUUCAGCAAUUCAACAGCGAGCUAUUAAGCCAAUUGUCAAAGGAAGAGAUGUCAUUGCUCAGGCUCAGUCUGGCACUGGCAAAACAGCUACAUUUUCCAUAGCCAUUCUUCAGAAUAUUGACACCCAGAUUAGAGAAACCCAGGCUUUAGUGUUAUCACCAACCAGAGAACUGGCUCAACAAAUACAGAAAGUUUUGUUAGCACUGGGAGAUUAUAUGAGUGUACAGUGCCAUGCAUGCAUUGGUGGGACAAAUGUUGGAGAAGAUUUAAGAAAGUUAGACUAUGGACAGCACGUUGUUUCUGGAACUCCAGGAAGAGUUUUUGAUAUGAUCAAAAGAAGAACACUGAGAACGAGAUCCAUCAAGCUGUUGGUUUUGGAUGAAGCUGAUGAGAUGUUGAACAAAGGCUUCAAGGAGCAGAUCUAUGAUGUGUACAGAUACCUACCUCCUGCGAUCCAGGUAGCCAUCAUAUCAGCAACACUGCCUCACGAGAUACUGGAAAUGACCAGCAAGUUCAUGAAUGAUCCAGUAAGAAUACUGGUCAAACGUGAUGAGUUGACGUUGGAAGGCUUGAAACAAUUCUUUGUGGCUGUUGAAAGAGAGGAAUGGAAAUUUGACACCCUAUGUGAUCUCUAUGAUACACUGACCAUCACACAGGCUGUCAUCUUUUGCAACACCAAAAGAAAGGUGGACUGGCUGACUGAGAAGAUGCGUGAAAACAACUUCACAGUGUCUGCUAUGCAUGGAGACAUGCCACAGAAAGAGAGAGAGGCAAUAAUGCAGGAGUUCAGAACUGGUGCCAGUCGCGUGUUGAUAACAACUGAUGUCUGGGCUCGAGGCAUUGACGUGCAGCAGGUUUCGCUGGUCAUCAAUUAUGAUCUCCCUAACAACCGUGAGCUCUACAUACACAGGAUUGGAAGAUCAGGUAGAUUUGGAAGGAAGGGUGUGUCCAUCAACUUUGUGAAACACGAUGACAUCAGAAUUUUAAGGGACAUUGAACAGUACUACAGUACACAGAUUGAUGAAAUGCCCAUGAAUGUUGCUGACCUUAUCUAAGAGAAAUCAAGAAAAGAAAAUAACAUUCUGAAACUGAUUACUUUGCUUUGAAUUUUUUUAUGUUUUGUUGAAACUUUUAAAUAAAGAAAUAAAUUCAAUUUAGUCACUGUGUUUUGUUUAAAAUUGACAAAUAAAAGGCGGAAUUGGACGCAUUACAUGUCGUCAUCAGACUCAUCAUCAAUGAAGCCUUGUAGAACGCCGUCUUCAAGAAAUCUUUUGUACAGAGCCAUAAAUUUUAUGAUGAAAGCUUCUAUGUGAUAAAUUUGCUUCUGGCCUGUCUGCAUCCUGUGCUCGUAGAAGGCGGCCAUCUGAAUGACCUGCGAUUUCAACUGGCCAUCACAGUUCUGCAGUAAUUCAUUGAGCAAACCCUUGAUGAUGAUAUCUCCUGGUAUGCAGUGGGACAUCAGUUCAUAGAUCCUGCUGCGAACUUCUGCAACUCUUUUUGGGCUUUGCUGUUGGAUGAUCAUGUUGGCAGUCUCCCUUAAGAAGACCUCCCAGUCUGGUUCAGUUAUUUGCUGAUCAUUUGUGAAUGGAUAUCGUUCGACUUUACAAACUUCACAGAUGAGCAGUGCUUUUCUCAAAUUUCUGUUUGAUUUUUCAGCAAUUCUAUUUGCUAAUGAUUCUGGUAGAAUUAAAUUUUCCUUUUUGCACGUUGCAAUUAAGAUUUCACUUAUCUGCUGCAUGGUGGGAGCGGGCACACAAACAGCAAGACAUCGACUUCUUAUAGCAGGAAUAACUCGACUCGGAGAGUUACAGCAGAGUAUGAUUCUGCAGGUUGCCAUGUAUUUUUCCAUUGUACGUCUCAAAGCGUGCUGGGCAUCUUUCGUCAACUUGUCCGUAUCAUUUAUCAGCACCACUUUGAAAUCUCUCUGUGAAGUCGUAUCAAGCUGAUUUGUUUGGGCAACUGAUUUUAAAAGUUCCUGAAUAACAACUCGAUCAUAUAUACCAACAUCACUAGGGUUAACUUCUAUGUGAUAAUUAGAAGCAAUGGUGGAAAGUUCUAAUUUUUUUUUUGAGGGAGUUGUAAAUGAUUGAUGUUCUAUCCUCAACUUUUCAAUGCCAUUGCCAUAGAGAGCUCUCAACAAACACAUGAUUCUCGUCUUUUUACCAGCCCCUGGGGGCCCAUACACCAACAAAUGAGGAAAGUCACCAAGAGAAACAAGUUGUUUCAAUUUUUCAGCCUGUUCUUCAUGAUAAUCCAGUUUGUUUAAAGAGGUAGGUCUGUACUUAUCUACCCACAAACUCAUUUCAAAUCGUUUGUUUUAAGAAAAUAUGUCUCUUUUCCUUUAUUAAUUAUUUAACUAGUCUUACUUAAACAGAUUCCAGACUCGAUUUUUAUUUUGCUAAAAUUUUGCUAUCGCAACUACCGCGCUUGUUGUUUUGUUGAAAAGUGAAACUACCGGCAAACCAAAUAAAUUAUCGUAAAAAUUACAAAAUUACAUUUACAAAAAUUACAUUCACCAUCUAGGAGCAUAAAUUCCACUGCUUCCUUUUAAUAGAAGAUAUUAUACCAAUGAAUGUUG